GAGUGGGCGGGGCCAUGGCGGCGGGGCCAUGGCGGCUGGGGCCGCGGAGCGGUUCCUGGAGCUGCUGCGGGAGGAGCGGGAGGCCGAGCUCGCCGAGAGCAGGGCCUGGCAGGAAAGCAUCUCCCUGAAGGAGCUGCAGCGCAGAGGCGUCUGCUUGCUAAAGCUCCAAGCUGCCAACCAGAGAACCGGCCUCUACGGACGGCUGCUCGUGACGUUUCAGCCUAGAAAAUACGAUUCAGAUGCUGAGCUGCCCUAUAACAGCUUCGGGCCUGGGGACGUUGUGGGCCUUUACGAUUCAGCUGGCCAGGGUGAACAGCUCUCCACCGGCAUCGUAACACGUGUCACCUCCAAAGCAGUGACUGUUGCCUUUGAGGAGUCUCGAGAUGGCAUGCUGAGCUUGGACCACGAGAGCUCUUACCGCCUGCUGAAAUUAGCCAACGAUGUCACCUACAACAGGCUGAAAAAAGCUUUAAAUGCACUAAAGCAGUAUCAUGGUGGUCCAGCCUCUGACCUGAUCGACGUCCUCUUCUUUUCUUCUGAUCCAAGCGCAUUCAGUGAAACAAAGCCUCUAAAGCUUUACAAUGACUCGCUGGAUGCAUCGCAGAGGGACGCUGUCUCCUUCUCACUGGCGCAGAGGGAGCUUGCCAUCGUCCAUGGACCACCUGGCACAGGGAAGACCACAACACUGGUAGAGAUCAUCUUGCAAGCUGUACAGCAAGGCCUGAAGGUCCUGUGCUGUGCCCCUUCCAACGUUGCUGUGGAUAAUCUGGUGGAAAGGCUGGCUGGCUACAAAGCCCGUGUCCUGCGGCUCGGGCACCCUGCUCGCCUGCUGGAGCCCAUCCAGCGGCAUUCCCUGGACGCAGUCCUGGCCCGUGGCGACCAUGCCGAGAUCGUGGCAGAUAUCAGGAAGGACAUCGACCAGGCCUUUGCAAAAACCAAGAAGGCUCAAGACAAGGGAGAACGGAGCCAUUUUCUCAGUGAGAUCAAGGCACUGAGAAAGGAGCUGAAGGAACGAGAAGAAGCUGCCAUGGCUGCAGCCCUUACCCAUGCCAAUGUUGUCCUUGCUACAAAUACAGGUGCUUCCUCUGAUGGCCCACUGAAGCUGCUCCCUGAAAAUCACUUUGAUCUCGUGGUGAUAGAUGAGUGUGCUCAGGCCCUGGAAGCCAGUUGCUGGAUACCUCUGCUGAAGGCUCCAAAGUGCAUCCUGGCCGGGGAUCACAAACAGCUUCCCCCCACCAUCAUCUCUCACAAGGCUGCUGCCAAGGGCCUUUCACUCAGCCUGAUGGAGCGUCUCAUCGAGAGGUACGGGGAGAAGAUUGUGAAGAUGCUGACGGUGCAGUACCGAAUGCACCAGGCCAUCAUGCAGUGGGCGUCCUUGGAGAUGUACAGCGGCCGGCUCACUGCUCACCCAUCAGUAGCCCAGCAUUUGCUCAAGGACCUGCUGGGUGUCACCUCUACAGAAGAGACCACAAUUCCCUUAUUGCUUAUAGACACUGCUGACUGUGGCCUGUUUGAGCUGGAAGUGGAAGAUGAACAGUCUAAGGGGAAUCCAGGGGAGGUGCAGCUGACGGGUUUGCACAUCCACGCCUUGGUGGAAGCUGGUGUGAAGGCGAAAGACAUCGCUGUUGUAGCCCCCUACAACCUCCAGGUGGACAUGCUCAGAGAGCAUCUUUGCCACAAGUACCCAGAGCUAGAAAUUAGAUCAGUUGAUGGUUUCCAGGGAAGAGAGAAAGAGGCAGUGAUCCUGUCGUUCGUGAGAUCCAACAGGAAAGGUGAGGUGGGCUUCCUCGCGGAGGAGCGGCGGAUAAAUGUAGCGGUGACCCGGGCCCGGCGCCACGUGGCCGUCAUCUGCGACACCCGCACCGUCAGCAGCCAGCCCUUCCUGCAGCGGCUGGUGGAUUAUUUCAGCCGGCACGGGGAGGUGCGCUCCGCCUUCGAGUACCUCGACAACCUCGUGCCCGAAAACUGCGCUCAGGAGGGCCGCAGCGAGCGGCAGCAAGGCGCAAAGCUUCCUGCAGCGUCGGGCCCCAAACCGCAGCCGCCUCCGGGGAGGAAACUCAGAGCAGCGGCCACCAAACCAGCGGGUCAGAAGCCAGAAGCGCGUUUCUCCCCCAACACAAGCGGACCCGGGCGAGAGGGCCCGGGGACAAAAGAUGGUGCUGACAGGUUCAGGGCCAUGCUGGUGGCCUUCCUGGAGGGCAGCGAGGUGCAGCUGGAUUUCCCCCCGUCCCUCAAUUCUCACGAUCGGAUGCUGGUUCACCUGAUGGCAGAGGAGUACAGGCUGCAGCACCUGAGCACCGGGGCGGGGAGGGAGCGGUACAUCAGCGUUCGCAAGAAAGAGCCGGCCCAGCCUUCGCGACCCGCAGCCACCCCCCGCAGCGAGCAGCCCCCCGGCGGGGAAACUCCUGUCCCUGCUGAGCCAGGAGGGAGCAGCGAGGGCUCAGGGCAAGUGGACUUGAAAACCCUGCACCUGGAGAGAGUUCAGAGGGAGAAAGCCAGACGGGAGGAUGCAGUGAGGAAGGCUCAGGAGCCCAGUGCCGGCCUUCAGGGCAGCAGCAGGAAAAAAGACAAAAGUGAAGCCAAAGGAAAGCCAGCGGGUACCAGUGGAGCAGACAGCACGGCAGAAGAAGAUAUCGACGCUCUGAUUUCUGCUGCCAUUAAAGCUGACAGCACCUGCAGCUUCCCCCGCUGCAAAGCCAGUGUUACAGCCCUGGGACAGCUUUGCCUCCACUGCAACAGGCGCUACUGCCUCAGCCAUCACAUCCCCGAGAAUCGCCUCUCCCUGAAUUGUGAUGAGGACUCCAGUGAGAAACAACUGGAAGGAUACAAUCCAUGUCAACGAGGUUUUUUUCUUUUUGAAGCUCAGCCCUUUUUCCAGAUGUUGUCAGCCUUCCAUGUGAAAUAGCCUGGGACCUCCUACCCACCCCUGGCCCGAAGAGGGGCUCGCACGUACCUGGAGCCGCCUGAGAGGGGCUGGAGCCUCUGCGUGUGGAGGGUCCCUGCUCAGAAAGAGCUCACGUUGCCCCUUUAGCAGCCCCCAGUGCUGAUCCCUCCAUCCAGUACAGCACAGCCCGCCCCACAGAGUGCUGCCCGACCUGCCCUCCAGCACCUACUGACACAGGAAUUCCUGCCCCUUUUAAAGUUGCUCUGUGGGGGCUGGCAGCUACGGCUGGUUUCGCUCAGGCAGCGGGCUCAGCAGUCCCAGUCCUGGCUAGGAGCAGGGUGCUGUGCAGGGCUAGCCCUGGCCAUUGGCAACCUGCUCCAGCAGCUCUAGCAGGGACAGAGGUCUGCCACGGCACUGGAAGAGCAGGCUGGGAGCCUCAGAUCAGCUCAUGUUCGCAAAAACAUCAAGUGACUUUGGGACGGACCAAGCAGGAGGGGUAAACUUGUAGGAUCUCUAAUUUAGACUCGGUGGAGGUGGUUCAGGAUGGUGUUGAACUUGGCUUAGUGCCCCUUAAACCUGGCCUGGGCUUCAGCGCAGACUGGCUUUGGAAAGGGUCUGCCUGCACAACAUUGCCAUUAUGAAGGGGUUUUUUGUUCUAGUAGAGAAGACAGAUUUAAUUACAUUAAAGAAGCAGAUAUAUGGCUAAAAA